AUGGCCCACGCAUCGUUGCGAACUGUGAUCGUCCUCGCAAUGCUGCUCUCUCUCGCCUGCAGCGCGAUCGCCGGACGCCAUCUGCUCCAAACCUCCAACACUCGCUACCUAGCAACGUCCGAUGCUUCCUCGAUAAGUGGCAUGACUGGCUCGUCUAUCCUCGAUUCUAACGUCACGGUCACUCUCCAAACUUCCUCAUUCAUCUUCCGCAUUACAGGCGUAUACGGCACAUCUCCAUCAAUAUCCAGUCCUGGUUACUACCGCAGCACUGGCGCUCUCCUGGCUGAGUUGCCCUGCACAUUCCAGGCGGAAGCAACAAGCGGCAGUUGGAACUGCACCCUUCAAGAAAAGGUCACGCUCACUUCCGCGUACCAGCCGAGUGGCACCAUCAAGACGUUUGUCAACGCUGGGUUGUUCACGAAGCCUUCGAGCUUCUAUGUUAAGGUUACAGUGAAUGGCAUCGUGCUGAAGGGGUGGCUCUCAGCAAGUGUGACAACCUUUUGA